UUACUGAGGAAAAAGGAUUUGCCCGACAAUGAUGUCGUUGGAGGACUUUGGAAGCAUUGCCAGCCUCGGGGCUGAGAGCGGAAUAUCGGACUACGGUGACAACCUCUCGCUGAGAAGCCAAAGCCAAUGUCUGGAUCAAGACCUUGAUGGUCAAAGCCCGAACCAGGAUGGUAGCAUUGUCAUGGAGCGCAUUGCCUCAUUGCCACUGCCUCUGGACAUGUACGAUCCAAUCGACUUCAUCGGGAGAUUUUCCAAGUUCCAGUCCCGGUCCAGAAGGCGAACACGGAUCAUCGUAGCCUCUCCGGUGGGACUGAAGCCACCCGUCCCGCCCGUCACAGCAAGCCCGGGAGAGAGAAAAGGUCCUGUCAUCAUGGCGCCCGUCAACGUGGACCCAGAGAGCAAGCCGGGCGAGUUUGUCCUCAAGAGCCUCUUUGCCAACUUCACGCUGCUGUCUGAGCGCAAGAUCCGCAUCAUCAUGGCGGAGCCACUGGAGAAACCGCUGAACAAGUCUCUGCAGAGAGGAGAGGAUCCACAAUUUGACCAGCUGAUCAGCAGCAUGAGCUCCCUGGCAGAGUAUUGUUUGCCCUCCAUCCUCAAGACGCUCUUCGACUGGUACAAGCGGCAGAAUGGCCUGGAGGACGAGUCGCACGAGUAUCGGCCGCGGGCCAACACCAAGUCGAAAAACGAUGAGCAGCAGAAGGACUACUUGCUGGAGCGGAGGGGUUUGGCCCCUCUCUACCUUCAGAUCCCGCUGCAUCCCCUGUUGGAUGGACUCAUUCAGGAAGUGAUCAACUUGGCCUUCAAACACUUCAAAUAUAAGGAAGGGUAUCUCGGACCCAACACCGGCAAUAUGCACAUCGUGGCGGACCUCUACGCGGAAGUCGUGGGAGUGGUGGCCCAGUCGAGGUUCCCGGCUGUGAGGAAGAAGUUCAUCUCUGAGCUAAAGGAACUCCGUCAGAAGGAGCAGAGCCCCUACGUCCUGCAGUCCACCAUCAGCCUCAUCAUGGGCCUCAAGUUCUUCCGUAUCAAAAUGUAUCCGGUGGAGGACUUUGAGGCCUCUUUCCAGUUCAUGCAGGAGUGUGCGCAGUAUUUCCUGGAAGUCAAGGACAAGGACGUUAAGCACUCACUUGCCGGACUCUUUGUGGAGAUUCUCGUACCCGUUGCUGCUACGGUGAAAAACGAGGUGAACGUGCCGUGCCUGCGGAACUUUGUGGAAAGCUUGUACGACACCACGUUGGACCUGUCCUCCAGGAAGAAGCACUCCCUGGCGCUUUAUCCUCUGGUGACGUGUCUGCUGUGCGUGAGCCAGAAGCAGUUGUUUCUCAGCCGCUGGCACAUUUUCCUCAACAACUGCCUGUCCAACCUCAAGAAUAAAGACCCCAAGAUGGCCCGCGUGGCUCUGGCGUCGAUCUCACGCCUGCUGUGGGCUUACAUGAUCAUACAUCUACUUAAAGGAGACAGUAAAUUUAAACUUUUUUUGUAUGUUUGUAACACUUUCCCUGCUUUGCGCAUCACCCACAGUCGCCUGACGUCCAUCACCUCCACUCUCUUCCCCAAGGGGAGCCGCAGCGUCGUCCCCCGAGACAUGCCGCUCAAUAUCUUCGUCAAGAUCAUCCAGUUUAUCGCGCAGGAGAGGUUGGACUUUGCUAUGAAGGAGAUUAUAUUUGAUCUUCUGAGUGUGGGGAAGCCUGCCAAAGCCUUCAGCCUCAACCCAGAGCGUAUGAACAUCGGCCUGCGAGCUUUCCUGGUCAUCGCCGAUGCCCUCCAACAGAAAGACGGCGAGCCUCCCAUGCCCAACACGGGCGCCACGCUGCCCUCGGGCAACUCCCUGAAGAAGAAGAAAACCUACCUCAGCAAGACCCUCACAGAGGAGGAGGCCAAGCUCAUAGGCAUGUCCUUGUACUACUCGCAGGUGCGCAAGGCCUUGGAUAACAUCCUCAGGCACCUGGACAAGGAAGUGGGACGCUGCAUGAUGCUCACAAGCGUGCAGAUGCUGAACAAAGAACCGGAGGACAUGAUCACGGGUGAAAGGAAGCCGAAAAUUGACCUGUUCCGGACGUGUGUCGCCGCCAUUCCUCGUAUCCUCCCUGAUGGAAUGUCCAAACCCGAGCUCAUCGAUCUUCUCUCACGACUCACAGUGCACAUGGACGAUGAGCUGCGUCUUAUUUCCCAGAACUCCCUUCAAAGUCUCUUGUUGGAUUUCUCCGACUGGAGGGAAGACGUACUCUUCGGUUACACACACUUCUUGUUGCGUGAAGUUCAAGACACCCAACAAGGUCUUCAGGAUGCGUCGGUAAAGCUACUGCUGCAGCUGCUCACUCAGUGGAGGCUUGCUCUACAGCUGCAGGGCAAGAUGCGAGGUGGUGUGGAGGCAAGCCCCAGAAUGUCUGAACGUAGCCCACACUGCUCAGUGCUCCAUGCCGUGGAAGGUCUGGCUUUGCUGCUGCUCUGUUCGUGUCAGAUAAGCACCAGGAAGCUGGCGGUGGGCGUGCUCAGAGAGAUUCGAUGCCUGUUCACCGCGCUCGGACACGCUGAGGAUGACGACAAACCCAUGAUCGAAGUCAUGGACCAGCUGAGUCCGGCUGUGAUGGACAGCUUUGUCCACGUGGCCAUCUCCGACUCAUCUACUUUACCCAUGAGCCACCAUGUGGACCUACAGUGGUUAGUGGAGUGGACGGCGCGGCUGGUAAGCAGCUCCUACGACGUGAAGAGCCCCAGCCACGUGUGGAUCUUCGCCCAGUGCCUGAAGGACCCCUGGGUCCUGUGCCUGCACAUUUUCCUGCGCCAAGAGCACCUGCCAAAGCACUGCCCCGUGGCCCUGGGCUACGCCUGGCCCUACGCCUUCACGCGGGUGCAGCUGCUGCUGCCGCUCGUCGACCCCAACAGCCCAGUGAACGCAAAGAAGACCAGCACGGCCAGCUCCAGCGACAACUCCAUGUCUCUGUGGCGGAACUACCUCAUCCUGUGUCUCGGGGUGGCCAAGCCCAGCAUCAUGUCGCCGGGACACCUGAGAGCGUCCACACCUGAGAUUAUGGCCACCACGCCUGACGGCAGCAUCACCUACGACAAUAAGGUGAUAGGCACGCCGUCAGUAGCCUGGCUACUGAAGCAGCUCGUUCCACUGAUGAGAGCAGAGAGUCUGGAGAUCACAGAGUCUCUGGUGUUGGGCUUCGGCUGCACAAACGCACUCGUCUUCAGGGAGCUCAUGGAAGAACUCCAUCCGCUCAUGAAGGAGGCGCUGGAACGUCGACCCGAGAACAAGAAGCGACGUGAGAGGAGGGAUCUUCUCAGGCUGCAGCUGCUGAGAAUCUUCGAACUGUUGGCCAAUGCAGGAGUUAUCAGUGACAGCACCAACGGAGCACUGGAGCGCGACUCCCUGGCGCUGGGAGCCUUGUUUCUGGAGUACGUGGACCUGACGCGGAUGCUCCUGGAGGCGGAGAAUGAAAAGGAGAUGGACGUGCUCAAAGACAUCAGAGCUCACUUUAGUGGCAUGGUGGCCAACCUCAUCCAAUGCGUGCCCGUCCAGCACCGUCGCCUCCUGUUCCCCCAGCAGUCUCUCCGCCAUCACCUCUUCAUCCUCUUCAGCCAAUGGGCCGGGCCCUUCAGCAUCAUGUUCACGCCCCUGGACCGCUACAGCGACCGCAACCAUCAGAUCACCCGCUACCAGUACUGUGCUCUCAAGGCUAUGUCCGCCGUCCUGUGUUGCGGUCCUGUGUUUGACAAUGUGGGUCUGUCCACUGACGGCUACCUCUACAAAUGGCUAGACAACAUCUUGGCCUGCCACGACAAGCGGGUUCACCGUCUGGGCUGCGAGGUGGUGAUUCUGCUGCUGGAGCUGAACCCGGACCAGAGCAACCUGUUCAACUGGGCUGUGGACCGCUGCUUCACCGGAUCCUACCAGCUGGCGUCCGGAUGCUUCAAGGCCAUCGCCACCGUGUGCGGGAACAGGAACUACCCAUGUGACCUGGUGACGCUGCUCAACCUGGUGCUGUUCAAGGCGUCAGACACCAGCAGGGAAAUCUAUGAGAUCUCCAUGCAGCUGAUGCAGGUAUUGGAAUCCAAGCUGUGUGCAUACUCCAAGCGUAUGGUGGAGCAAAAGCCCGGUAACAUCUUGUACGGGACACACGGGCCUCUGCCGCCUCUCUACAGCGUCAACCUGUCACAGCUUUCCAAUCAGCUGGCCAGCAUGUACCCGGAACUCACGCUGCCACUCUUCUCAGAGGUGAGCCAGCGCUUUCCAAGCACCCACUCCAACGGCCGUCAGAUCAUGCUGUCCUAUCUGCUGCCUUGGCUGGGCAACAUGGAGCUGGUGGACACGGCCCUUCUGCCGCCCGCCUCCAGCCCCUGCACUCCGGACGAGGAGGUAUCGCGCGGUCCGGCCCCGAGUCUGGCGGGCGUGUCGCUCUUCCUCAGGGGCAACGGUUGGGGCUCCCUGCAGGCCACCUCGCUGGUGCUCAACAACCUCAUGUUCAUGACGGCCAAGUACGGGGACGAGGUGCCCGGGCCGGAGAUGGAGAGCGCUUGGAACGCUUUGGUGUCCAAUGAACGCUGGAGCAACAACCUGAGGAUCACCCUGCAGUUCCUCAUCAGCUUGUGUGGAGUCAGCAGUGACACCACACUCUUGCCUUAUAUCAAGAAGGUGGUGAUCUACUUGUGUCGUAACAACACCAUCCAGACCAUGGAGGAGCUCCUGUUUGAGCUUCAGCAGACUGACCCCGUCAACCCCGUGGUGCUGCACUGCGACAACCCGCCUUUCUACCGAUUUGCCGCCAGCAACAAGGCACCCACCUCGCAGACAGGUACCACAUCCAGCAGCAACACGGUGGUGGUGGGACAGGACAACCUGGCAGACACAGAUGAAAGCAAACUGGUCAGGGAGAGUGAAGAGCGCAGGGCCAGGGCGCACAACAGGCUCGAGUCCCGCUACAGCAACAGCUCAGGAGGUUCCUACGAGGAUGAAAAAACCGACCCUCUCCCACCGUACGCCGCCUGGCUGGUGAGCGUCCUGGAGACAAACCGCCCGCAGCCACUGCCCAUGCCCAUCAACGGCGGCUGCUGGGCGCCGCUGGUGGACUACCUGCCCGAGACCAUCACGCCCAGGGGACCCCUGCACAGGUGUAAUGUCGCCGUCAUUUUCAUGACGGAAAUGGUGGUGGAUCACAGCGUGAGGGAAGAUUGGGCUUUGCACCUUCCCCUGCUGCUGCACGCGCUCUUCUUAGGCCUGGACCACUAUAGGCCGGAGGUAUACGAGCACAGCAAGCGCCUCCUACUGCACCUCCUCAUAGCGCUAUCGUGUAACAACAACUUCCAGGUGAUCGCCUCCGUGUUAAUGUUGACCAGAGAAAGCAGUGACAACAAAACUCUGACCAUCAAGUCCAGCUAUCACAACGACCAUCAGCACUCAAACGUGCCCGAUUUCCUGCGGGAGUGCCAGGCUUCACCCAUGGUCGACUCAGGCCUCGGCUCCAUGUCCAACUCAUCUUCGGUUAGCCUGGCCGGCGGUAGCACAGCAGGCAGCGUGGGCAACCUGCCGCUGGUUACGCCAGACGACCUGGAGGACCUGGAGGACACGCCCCACGAGACGGACGAGAAGACCAACAAACUCAUUGAGUUCCUCUCCACAAGUGCCUGGAGUACUGUGUUGUUAUUGCUCAGAGCCUUGGGGCCGCUGUGGGUGCAUGAGGACAUCACGCCCAAAAACCCAAACUCGAAAAGCACCGAACAGCUCUCCAACUUCUUGCGCCACGUCAUCUCUGUCUUCAAGGAGUCAAAGUCAGACUUCCACCUGGAGCAGCAGCUUAGCGACGUGGCGUUGCAGACGGCGUUGUGCAGCUCAUCUCGCCACUACGCCGGCCGCUCUUUCCAAAUCUUCCGGGCGCUCAAGCAACCCAUCAACAACCACGCCGUGUCCGACUUGGUCUCUCGCCUCGUUGAGGUGGUGGGCGAGCACGGCGACGAGGUGCAGGGCUACGUAAUGGAGGUUCUGCUCACAUUGGAAUCGGUGGUGGUUAACCUGGCAGAGUGUCUGAAGAACAGCGACCUCAUGGCGGCGCUAACCAGAACCUCAUCACCUGACUUUGUGCUGAGUGACAAGCUGAUGAACCGGAAGAGCACGGGCCAACUUAACUUCCCCGGCCCGGGGUUGGCGGGCCUGUCAUCUCAGCGCCACCAACGCUCCUACUCAGUACCCAAGAAGUUCGGCGAGUGCGGCUACCAGUCCAGCGACCCCCCUCGCAGUGCCACGCUGGACCGUAUUCAGGCCUGCAACAGUCAUGGCCUGGCACGGCUGGGGAGGAGCCCUGGGUCCUGCACCUCGUCAACCAAUCGCAUCGAUCCCAGCGUCCUGUCGGACCCCGCCCAUGUGUCGCACCCGUCCUCCAUACUGGCCACCGUCUUCUGGGUGGCCGUCUCACUCAUGGAGUCGGACUUUGAAUUCGAGUACCAGAUGUCGCUACGCCUCGUGCACAAGCUCCUGUCCAAGGUGCCUUUGGACCGGGCGGAGAACCGCGAGCGUUUGGAGAAGCUCCAGGCUCAGCUGAGGUGGAGCGGCUUCUCUGGCAUCCAGCAACUUCUACUGAAGGGCUUCACCUCCCAGGCCACCUCCGACCUCACCCUGCAGCUCUUCUGCCAGCUCACGCCCGUGUCCCGCGUACCCGUGGUGGACAGCUCGCAGUCUUUGGGUUUCCCACUCAACGUACUGUGUCUGCUACCACACCUGGUGCAGCACUUUGGGCACCCCACGCAGUUCUGUAAGGAGAGUGCAGAGAGGAUCGCACAGGUGUGUUUGGUGGAGAAGAACACCAAGCUGUCCCACCUGGCCCACGUGAUGACACUGUACAAGACGCGCUCGUACACGCGGGACCCUUUCUCCUGGGUCAGCGUGGUGUGCCGCUACCUUCACGAGGCCUUUUCCGACAUCACGCUCAACAUGGUUACCUACAUGGCGGAGCUGCUGGAUAAAGGCCUUCCCAGCAUGCAACAGUCCCUCCUGCAGAUCAUCUACUGCCUGCUCAGCCACAUGGACCUGAGCGCCGUGCACGUCAAGCAGUUCAACGCUGACGUCACCAAGACCAUCGAAAAGUUUGUACAAACGGUGCAUUGGAAAGACGCCCUGAACAUCCUGAAGCUGGUGGUGUCGCGCUCGGCCAGCCUUGUGCACCCAGUGUAUGGUCAGGCUCACGGCGACAUCUCCAACCUGGAGGUGAGCCGAGUGUGGGAUGGCUCGGCCAAGGCACUGCCCGGGAAAACCCUGGACUUCACCUUUGAUAUUUCCGAGACGCCGGUCAUCGGGCGGCGCUUUGAUGCGCUACAGGGCUCUGCCGUCAGGGAGGGCAAGGCCCGAGCCAUGGCUGUUACCCGCAGUACCUCCUCCACCUCAUCGGGAUCCAACUCCAACACCAUCCUGGUUCCCGUCAGCUGGAGGCAACCGCAGUCUUCUCAGAAGCGGACCCGAGAAAAGCUGGUAAAUGUUCUUUCUCUGUGUGGUCAAGAAGUUGGACUAACAAAGAACCCAUCGGUGAUCUUCUCAUCCUGUGGCGACCUGGACAUGAUGAUGGAAGUGCGCGAGAGCGGCGUGUCGUCGGAGGAGGGCGGCACCAGGGAGGACACGCUGGACGACACUGCCAGCGAGCAGCAAUUCAGGGUUUUCAGAGACUUUGACUUCCUGGAUGUGGAGCUGGAAGACGGAGAGGAGCUCCAGGGCGAAACAGUGGACAACUUUAACUGGGGCGUGCGGCGCCGAUCCCUGGACAGCACCGAGCUGGGUGACCUGCUGGAGGAGAGCCAGCACUCAGGCAGCACGCCCAGCUUGGGACACGAAGACCCUCACGAUUCUGAGGAGUCCUCUGAGGAAGAGGAGUCCUCCACCAGUCAGAGCCUGUCACAUUCCCAGCUGACGAAUCCAUCCCCAUCGGAUGAGACCAACCACACGGAUUCUCUCUCCACAUCGUACGACACGUCUGCCGACCCGCAGUCCUUCGGCGCCACCACCCCGGGCCAGGGGGCGCUGCUCCAUGACCACCUCAGCGGCCUACACGCGAGGGUGUGUGGCGAGGACGAGGACACUCAGGCUCAAGACGACGAGCUGUCUCUGAGCACCAACGAGCUUGCCGCUGGCUCGGACUGCGGCGAGAGUUUCACGCUGGAGCUGCCGGGGCAAGCGCAGGUCCGAACGCCACAUCUGGACCGUCGGCACGACUAUUCCCAACCGCCGCUGGACUUUCUAGACCCGAACAGUCUGCCCAGAUUACGUGACGACGUGGAUGACCUGGAGGACCUGGGAUUCCCGCCUCCGCCGUCUCCGUUUUUCUCCGCCAUCUUGGCCGCGUUCCAGCCGGCGGUGUGCGACGACGCCGAGGAGGCGUGGCGUUGUCACGUCAACCAGUUGGUGACCGACUCAGACGGCUCGUGCGCCGUCUACACCUUCCAGAUCUUCUCGUCGCUCUUCAGGAACCUCCAAGGAAAGUUCUGCACCUUGACCACCGAUGCGGCCUCCUAUCUGGGCGAGGGCCUGAGGGGGAUCGGCUCCAAGUUCCUCAAGUCCUCUCAAAUGCUGACGACCUGCUCCGACUGCCCAACCAUAUAUAUCGAUGCCGACACCAUCAUGUCUUACGGCCUCCUGGAGAAGAUGAAGUUCAGCGCGUUGGAGCUGCAGGAAUACCUGGACACUUACAACACAAGGGAGGAUGCGGCUGUCACGUGGCUGCGCAGCUGUAAGGACACAUUUCCCAGGUGCCCUGGCGAAAGCGUGGUCACCUGCCAGCCUGGAGACUCGGAGGAGAAACAAAUGGAGUCUCUGGCCCAACUGGAGCUGUGCCAGAGGCUUUACAAGCUGCACUUCCAGCUCCUGCUGCUCUUCCAGUCCUACUGCUCACUCAUCGGUCAGGUUCACGCCAUCAGCUCCGUACCCGAGCUGCUGAACAUGUCUCGGGAGCUGAGCGAACUUCGCGGCAGCCUGCAGGCGGCGGAGGCGGCAGUGGCCAGGGACCUGGAGCACGAGCACUCGGCCCACUCGGUCCACACCCACGCCGCCCACAUGGCCGCCAUGGUGGUGCCCAGCUUCCCAUCGUCAGAGGCGGCAGUCAAGGCCAUUCUGGACUGUCUGAAGAACCACGAGUUCACCAAGGCCGUCCGCUACAUUCAAGAGUGCAGGCGUCGAUGGCCUCACGGCGUGUUUGGCGGCGGCUCCGAGAAGGAGGUCCAGACUCUGCUCAACGUGUACUUCCGGCACCAGACUUUGGGCCAGACGGGCACCAUCGCCCUGGUAGGCUCCCGUCAGGACCUGGGCCUGAUCUGCUCCAAACUGCUGGAGCUCAACGGCGAGAUUCGCGACAUGAUCCGCCGCGCUCAGGGCUACCGCGUGGUCACCACCUACCUCCCCGACUCCAGCGCCUCCGGGACCAGCCUCUGACAGUAGCACCCCGGGAGGACCCUGGGGCGGCGUACCGAGGAGCCGCCUCCCGUAUGCCUCCGAACGACGGUUCCACCCACCUUCCCCAACCGCUUCUUGACUUUCCUCCCCUUGUUCAUUUUUCGGGACUGGGGCGGCAUUUGGAUGCCUUCGGAGGACAUCCACCACCUGGUACCCACGGCAACAAACGGGACGCCCUGCCAACUGUAGCCGCGCAACCAUAUCUGCUGACUUACUCCAACGUGCCACCCGAUGCCCCUCAGCGCCAGCACCUCCCUCGGCCGCCUCCUCCAUAUCCACACCAUGUCAUCACUCGCCCUCCCAUCCCAGCCUUUCAGCCUCUCGCUUCACCCCUCCCUGAGGGUUCGGGUGAGGCAGCAUCAUGGGCUUGUUGCUGCCCCCUCGUGACCUCUGGCACACCCUUGUCUCGCUACCUGGGCAAAGUGGGGCAUACCACCCUCCCCCUCCUGAAAGCUGGGGGCUUCCUGAACACCGAACCUCCCGACGUCCAGACCUGAAUUUCCCAACAGCUUAAUGUUGUACUAGUCAGCCAAAAGUGGCACUAAUAGAGAAAAAAAAAAACGUUACGAGUAAGGCAAAGUGAUUCUCAUAGUGCACUGAAUUUUCUUACUAGUGGGGACAAAUAGUGUACUAGUACAUGGACCUUAAACUGGAUCUCAAGGAAAUC